AGUAGUUUCUGCCGGGAAAUGGCUGCUUGAACGUCGCGGCUGGGCUUCUUACCUUGAGAAAUGAGUGGCAAGCGGCCUGCCGUGUUCGACGUGGUCUGGGUGAGGAAAAGGGAAAAGAAAGAGGUGAUAGCAGCGUUUUCGGACGCUGUGAAGGAAAAUGGUGUGAAAAAGCAAGUGGCUGAGGCGUGGAGCCACCGGACGCCCCUCAGUCACGAAGCUAUAAUCAUGGACAUGGACCCUUUUCUUCACUGUGUGAUCCCAAACUUCAUCCGAAGUCAAGAGUUCUUGGAAGGGCUUCAGAAGGAACUUUUGAACUUGGACUUCCAUGAGAAAUAUAACGAUUUAUAUAAGUUUCAGCAGUCUGAUGAUUUGAAGAAGAGAAGAGAGCCUCAUAUCUCAGCAUUAAGGAAACUUCUGUUUGAAGACUUCCGGACCUGGCUUUCUGACAUUUCUAACAUAGCACUGGAAUCAACCAUUGACAUGUCCUGUGCCAAAUAUGAGUUUACUGAUGCCCUUCUCUGCCAUGAUGAUGAGCUGGAAGGACGCCGGAUUGCCUUCAUUCUCUACCUGGUUCCUUCCUGGGACAUCAGCUUGGGGGGCACUCUGGACCUGUACAGCACUGAUGAACACUUUCAGCCGAAGCAGAUUGUCAAGUCUCUUGUCCCUUCGUGGAACAAACUGGUUUUCUUUGAAGUGUCUCCAGUAUCCUUUCACCAGGUGUCUGAAGUUCUGUCAGAAGAAACAUCACGCUUAUCUAUAAGUGGCUGGUUUCAUGGUCCUUCGGUGACCAGGCCUCUCACCUACCUUGAACCCCUUAUACCUCGGAGCCCUCACAUCCCUCAUGAUCAUGAAAUUUUGUAUGAAUGGAUCAACCCUACUUAUCUGGACAUGGAUUACCAAGUUCAAAUCCAAGAAGAGUUCGAAGAAAGGUCUGAAAUUCUCCUGAAGGAAUUUCUUAAGCCUGAGAAAUUUGCAAAGGUCUGUGAGGCCUUGGAGAAAGGAGAUGUGGAAUGGAGUAGCCGUGGUCCCCCUAACAAAAGGUUUUAUGACAAAGCUGAUGAGAAUAAGCUCCCUGACAUCCUGAAGGACUGCAUGGAGCUGUUCCGCUCCGAGGCGUUGUUCUUGCUGCUCUCCAAUUUCACAGGCCUGAAGCUUCACUUCUUGGCCCCUUCAGAAGAUGAAACUGAGGACAAAAUAGAGGCAGAAGCAGCCUGUGCUACUGAUAGCACUGAAGAAGGUACUAGCCACACCUCCUCAGAGCCUGAGAAGAAUCAGGCAGCUAUCGGCAGCAGCCAGCAGAGUAGUGAACACACAGACCCAAACCCAGAGGAAGAUGAAGCAAAGAAAGAGUCAAGUGUUCCCACAUGCCAAGGAGAACUGAGGCAUUGGAAGCCUGGUCACUACACCUUAAUCCAUGACAACAGCAAGACUGAAUUUGCCUUGGACUUACUUUUCUACUGUGGCUGUGAGGGGUGGGAGCCAGAAUAUGGUGGCUUUACUUCCUACAUUGCCAAAGGUGAAGAUGAAGAGCUGUUAACAGUAAGUCCAGAAAACAAUUGUCUCGCAUUGGUCUACAGAGAUCAGGAAACUCUGAAAUUUGUCAAGUAUAUUAACCACCGAAGCCUAGAACAAAAGAAAACCUUGCCAGACAGGACUGGUUUCUGGGACUUUGCAUUCGUCUAUUAUGAAUAAAAGGAAGAAAACCUUGCCAGACAGGACUGGUUUCUGGGACUUUGCAUUCGUCUAUUAUGAAUAAAAGGACUGAGCAAACUGACAAAAAAAAA